AUGGGGAAUUGCCUGGUUCUGCAAGCAAAUGUUAUCAAGGUCAUGAAACCAGAUGGGAAGAUCCUUGAAUACCAAGCACCCAUAAAAGUCCAGCAAGUUCUGUCAGAUUUCUCUGGUCAUGCAAUAGCUGAUUCGCUUCAGGCUUUCCAGCAUCUUCCGCCAGACACCAACCUACUUGGUGGAGACCACUUGUACUAUCUUGUGCCUCUCCAACUGCCAUCCCCACAGGCUAAGAAGAAGAAAGUAAGAUUUUCAAUUCCAGAGGAGGAGGCCAAAGAUGUGCAAGAAAAAACCAGUACUGUGGUGAGAAUCAACCUGGUGAUCAGUAAGCAAGAACUGCAGGAGAUGCUAAGAAAGGGAGGAGUUUCAGUUGAUGAUAUGGUUUCUCAUCUUCAGGGUCAACAGAGAGUGCAAAAGGUGGAUAUCUCCGGUAGUGAUGGUGAACAUAAAGGUUGGAAGCCUGAGCUAGAAAGCAUCCCUGAAAGAAGCCUCUAG